CUCGAGACUCACGAGCACCAUCAUGAGCGGAACUUCACAAUCCAGCCACGCAGCAAGACACGCCAUUGUCGUCGGCUCCGGUCUUGCUGGUCUGACAGCCUCGUCCACUCUUCUCUCCAAAAACAUACCGGUCCACCUUCUCGAACGUCUUCCGAAGCCGGGCGGAAACAGCAUCAAAGCUUCCAGCGGUAUCAAUGGCGCACCGACAAAAUACCAGUCGGUUUCCGAUGAUCUUUUCUACGACGACACUAUUAAGUCCGCCGGUGUAGUAAUGGGCAAGAUGCGUUCGCAGAGAGAGAGCCUGAUUCAAACUUUAACCAAAAAGAGCCCGGAAGCCAUCUACUGGCUAUCAGACGAGAAAGGCGUGGACCUUAGCAAAGUCGCAAUGCUGGGUGGGCACAGCAUCCCGAGGACUCAUAGAGGAGCGGGCCAAACGCCUCCCGGAGCAGCAAUCGUAACGACAUUGCUGAAACAGCUGAACGAGGAUCCGAACUUCACGCUCGAGACAAACGCUUCAGUGACAAAGGUCCUGCAAUCCGAGAACGGUGAAAUCACCGGCGUUGAGUACUCUACUGCCGACGGCAAGAAAUCUCUAAACAGUCCUGUUGUCAUCUUCGCGACAGGCGGCUUUGCUGGCGAUUCCAAAGGCAUGUUGAAGCAAUACCGCCCAGACCUUGCUGGUUUCCCGUCCACGAACGAAGCUUGGCCCGGCUCAACACCGCUUCUCACUGCGCUGGGUGCGCAGCUCCUGGACAUGGAGCAGGUGCAAGUGCAUCCUACUGGUUUUGUAGAUCUGAAAGAGCUUGGAAAGCCGGUUAAAUUCCUUGCCGCAGAGGUGUUGAGGGGUGAGGGAGGAUUGAUGCUGAGAAGUGGAAAGAGGUUUAUUGAUGAGCUUCAGACAAGGCAGGUUGUCACCGACAAGAUCAUGGAGGAGAAAAAUACGGAAGUGGAUGGCAUCAAGCAGUGGGAUGUUAAGAUUGUAUUGGACGAGGGAGCAUACCAGGCGGCAAAGAGCCACAUCGACUUCUAUCUUUGGAAGGGGCUUAUGAGCAAGACGACUGUCGGAGAACUUGGUGGCGACGAAACCAGGAAAGUCAUCCAGCAAUUUGCCGAUGCUGCGGCAGGAAAAUCGGAAGACGCAUUCGGCAGAAAGAGCUUCGGACACUGGGAGCUAAAGGAUGUCACGCCAGACUCGGUCGUAUAUAUCGGCCAAGUUACGCCUGUGGUACAUUUCACUAUGGGCGGCGUUAUCAUGAACGAGCAUGCGGAGGUUUUGGAUAAGGAGGGAAAGCCAAUCAAGGGACUUCUAGCAGCAGGCGAGGUGACGGGCGGGAUCCAUGGGGCAAAUCGGCUUGGUGGUAGUUCACUGUUGGAGUGUGUGGUCUUUGGACGUAUUGCGGGCGAAAGGGCAGCAUCGUCCCUAGGAAGCCUUGCAUGAGGCUGUGUUGCUUGAUUAAACGCCGCCUUCCGAGCAAUGUAGGCAUUUCGACUCACCACGCUAGUCAAAUAUCAGGCAGAUUAAUCACUUGUAGAACAAGUAGCCUUUUUUUCAACACC